AUGGCUGAUGUCAAAGAAACGGGCGAGGAACUCCAUUUGGAGACUCUCGGCGGAGAAACAGCCGACAUUGAGAACCGCGCCAUCAAAGAAAAAGCUCUUGUUCGAAGAAUUGACAAGCGAAUGAUGCCUCUAAUGAUGCUUCUAUAUAUCCUCAACUAUCUCGACCGCAAUAACAUUGCCACCGCCCGUCUCGGUAACUUCGAGAAAGAUACCGGUCUUGUGGCCGAGCAAUACAACACCGUCAUUAGCAUCUUUUUCGUGGGUUACAUCCUGACUCAGGUACCCACUAACAUGAUUCUGAACAAGAUGCGACCGUCGAUCUUUUUACCUUGCAUAAUGGUCUGUUGGGCUACUGUUAGUGCUUGUACGGGUGCUGUUCAGAGCUAUCAUGGGAUGAUUGCGUUGAGAUUUAUCCUUGGUUUCGUGGAGGCACCGUUCUUUCCUGGUGCUCUGUUUUUGUUUAGUUCAUGGUACACGAAGAAAGAACUGGCAGUUCGUAUCUCGGUUCUUUAUGCAGCUGGUCAGAUGGCUGGUGCAUUUGGUGGUCUUCUCGGAAGUGCCAUCAUGGCUGGAAUGGAUGGUAAGGCUGGUUUAGCCAACUGGAGGUGGCUCUGUAUGUCCCCCUCUCUAAUCUUAUAUACCUCGACUAACAACCGUCUAGUCAUCAUCGAAGGCUGUACCACUUAUCCUGCAGCCAUCGUUACAUACUUCAUCGUCCCAGACUACCCAGCAACAACAGCCUGGCUUAGCGAUGAAGAACGCCGCAUUGCAGUCCUUCGUAUGGCCGAAGACGCCAGCAAAGAAGAUGACCGAGCCGAUGUAUCAGCUUGGGAGGGUGCUAAAAUGGCCUUCACUGAUCCUGCACUCUACAUGAUCUGGAUCAUGCAGCUUGGUCUCAACACAGCCGCAGCUUUCACCAACUUCUUCCCUACUAUUGUCAAGACUCUUGGUUAUAGCUCGACUAUUACUCUUCUGCUCUCUGCGCCGCCGUAUGUGUUUGCUGCAGCGCUGGGUAUUACGAACUCUUGGCAUAGCGAUCGUGUUAACGAGCGAUGGCUACAUGUUGUUUGGCCGCAGGUAUUCUGCAGUAUUGGGUUCAUCAUCUCAGCUGUUACUCUCAAUACGGCUGCCCGAUACAUCUCGACAUUCAUGAUGAUGUCAGUCUACGGAUCCUUUGGUUGCAUCUUGUCUUGGGUAUCUUCGUCUUUGCCACGUCCGUCGACAAAGCGCGCUAUCUCAUACGCCGUGGUCAACGCUGGGUCUAACCUGGCGUCCAUUUACGCAUCAUACUUUUACCCUUCCUCUCAAGGCCCGCGAUAUUGGCAAGCAAACGUCGCAAACGUAGCGUUUAGUGGUCUUUGCAUUGCUAUGGCGACAGUUCUGAGAUUCUUCCUUACUUGGAGAAACAAGAAGCUGGAGAAGGCGAGAGAGCAUGAUAUUCAGCACGAGGGUACUUUGAGUGGCAGUGAAACAAGGCUGCUUGCUGAGAAGUGGCAGUGCGGAACUGAGUAUAUUUUUACGUUGUAAAUGGGCUGACCUUGGG